CAGUGGACAGAGGCAGGGGGAAGAAGAUGAGGAGAAACGGAGGGAUGAGCGCGGACAGAAAGCACCGACCACGCCAUGGAGCUGCAGUGAAGCAGGAGCAGCGGAGGAUUUAAGCGCAUUGGUGGUGAUAAGAAGAAGAAGGAGAAAAAACAAAACCCCUCUUUGUUUCCCGCAGAGGAAGAAUAUGUCAAGACAUGUGAACGGGACGGGAGAUGAGAUUCAAACUGUUUCCCUCUUCGUCUUGUGAUCUGUGUCCGCCUGUGAGCCGCGGAGCCUCGGGUGUGCACGGGACAGGGGGCGCGCUACUCACAGCUCAGCUGUGGAUGGAAAAAAAACGCUCCUUUGUGUGUUUUAUUUGAAUCUGGAUCUGUGUGAAUCUUCACUAUGAGAGCUGUUUCUGCAAACUUGUUCGCUCUGCUCCUCCUGUGCGCGCUGGCGAGUGUGUUCUACGUGUGGAACCCGCUGGAGGAGCGUUUGGAGCGGCACAAGCGGAGGAUCUCGGUGCCGGGCGGGGGCUCGUCUCUCCACACGGGUCUUCCAGCAGCGGACCUCUCCGCCAAAACUUUCCGGACAUUGCUCGCCGUCCCUGCGGCACAAAGACCGCACUUGGGGGCCAGACUUGAGGCGCACAACCGCACCGUUCAAAGCGCAUCUGCGGGAAGUCGACAUUACCAUGAGAAUGGGGAUAACAAGAGGUCAGAGCAGCGGGGAGGGCCGGUCAAGUUAGGCUCCCCGCUGGAGGAUGGGGUGUUCUGGGGAGACUGGCUGGAAGACCUGCGCCCCGUGGUAUUCACGGAGGAAUAUGCUCAGGAAUGGCGAGAGAAUGCGCGGACACACCGGGUCGUGAAGCUGGAGCCGGGAUGCGGCAGGAUUUCCAAUCGGCUCGCCACUUUCGCAGACGGGACCAAAGCGUGCGUGCGCUACGGCAUCAACGCGGAUCAGGUGCAGGGAGAAACUUUGACUUAUUAUCUCGCCACUUUGCUCGGCAUCACGAACCUGCCUCCCCUCGCUCUGUCCCAGCUGAACAGUGACAGUGAACAAUGGGCGGCAGUGAGGACGCGGAUAAAUGGUUUACAGUGGAGCGACAGGGCCGUGGUUUCUCUCACAGAGUGGGUCUCCAACCUGACCGGUGUGGUCACACCUGCGCCGCUCAGGCAGGAGAGCGCCGGGCUGCGCCCUGUGCUGGAGGAGCUGCGGAACAAGACGACCGCGGAGCUGCUGGAGCUCAUGCAGUGGACCGACCUGAUCAUACUGGACUACCUGAGCGCAAACUUCGACAGACUCGUGAGCAACCUGUUUAGCCUGCAGUGGGACUCGCGCGUCAUGGAGCGCGACACCAACAACCUCCUGAAAACGCCGCGCGGGGACCUCGUCUUCAUUGACAACGAGGCCGGACUCGUGCACGGCUUUCGGGUGUUGAACAUGUGGGAGAAAUAUCACAGCACGGUGCUGAGCUCCGUGUGUGUGUUCAGAAAAAGGACCACGCAGCGCGUGGCGGAGCUGCACAGGCGCAGAGACUCGAGGCGCAGGCUGCUGGAGCUUUACAGAGACAGCGAGCCUUUGUCUGUGGAAUUGGGAUUUCUCUCGGACGAGCACGCAGCCGUCCUCCAGGACAGGAUAGACAGAUUAUACAAACACAUUUUGCAUUGCAAAGGCAAGUACAGCGAGCUGUCACCAUCGCAGUCGGCACAGUAAUAACGAGCUCUGCACACCUGUGUUCAACCGACGCGCGUCACAAAGACUGUCUUCAACAUCCAGCUCAACUACCUCUUGUGAAUAGAAUGUGUUGUCUACUUCAUGACUAAGUAUAUGAAACACGUUUCUAAGCCCCCCCUGCACAGAUUGUCACUGUUUGCCUCGAGGAGAGGAAUGCUUAAAGGGUUAGUUCACAUAUUUGUUUCAGGUGGGGGUUAAAUAUGGCACUUCUGCACAGUCAGUGUGUUACAUACAGUAGACAGCAGUUAGCAUGCUACCUGUAUGGAGGAGGAGACCGCAACAUGCUUUUCACACGUUUCCAUCACGGUUCGGUUUGGCACAGUACGGUUUGGAAUGGGUUCAGGCUUGCGUUUGGACUGAGAACAGCACCUUUACUUGGGUGUGGCACAACAGACAAAGGCACAGUCUGUGUCGACCAUGAUGGCUGCUGUUUGCUGGCCUCAUUUUCUUCUUCUUUUCCCCUUUUUCAGUGGCUGUUUAAAAUUGCCUCGACUUCCAUGGGAUAUUUACACCGAGUGACAUGUUUCUAUCGCCUAAUAAGUGGACAGUCGUGGGUGCUAGCCAGUCUAGCUCCUUGAUGACCUUUACGUACCGUUUUACUCAGGUACCCUAAGGGAAACAUGUUAAAAUGGUUAUUUUGGUACGAUUCCUAAUAGAAACACAAAAAAAAUAAAUAAAUGUACCACACUGAACCAAACCGAAAUGUUCCACUCAAUGGGAACACAGCAAAUGUGUUGUUAAAGGCCCAACUAUAAAUGAUUAUACAUUUCUCCUUUAAUGGUGAACAUGCUAUUUGCAUUACUGGAUCAUUUGCAUUUGGUUAAGUAAAUAGAGCCACUGACUGCUCACCUGGGACCAGUGCUGUAGCUAACCAUCCAUCCUUGCUCCCCUCUCCUUCUUCGCCUGGUCUCAGUGGCUCCAGAUGCACACAAACAAUGGAAGAAUCCCUCAAUGGCAAAUUGACUUUCACGACAUCUGAGUCUAAAUAUUUCAAUGCUAAGCAGGAUUCUGCACCUCUUUGCCUCGACUUUGUAUGUACAAUUUCAUUACGCGAUAAAUGUCGCGCUGUAUUUGGUGUGAACGCACCUUUUCCUGUACGACAGCCGAUUCGCUGCGCCGUAACGCGGCUUAUGCACGUGGGAAUACGUUGUGAAAAUACUGCGCCCGAGAAGAGGGCUCACUGACAGCAUGAUGAAGCAGUUAGAGCACGUUUGAUAUUUUCCUUUUCUUUUCACAGGGCUAACGCUAACGUUUUCUCAGCUGUCCCCGCGCUGACAUUAAACAAUGUAUAAAUCCUAACUUGCGGUUCUCCCUCUCCAAACGGACAGUGUGCUGAAUGCUGUGUGAUGGAUGUAACACACUGACUACACAUGAGUACCGCAUAUAUUUAAAAAACCUGAACUGUCUCUUUAAGGUCAUUAGCUCUGGUCUUACCUUACUCCACUGACUCUUACCUGAAUAGAAAUUAAUGUAAAGAGUGUAUUUGUGACUUGAGUAUCAUAACGCAGCCCUUCAUUUGUUUUUUUUUUUUUGUUUUCCUUGUUUCUGGUAAUCCUACAGCUAAACUCUUAAGCCUUAACAUUACGUUAAUUCUGGAAUUAUUUUGCGUUCACAUUACCAGGCUGACGGUUUUUAAAGGGCUGUGUGGACACAGAGGAUCAAGUUGUCGGUUUCAAAUAAGGCUUUUGUCAGUCCUACAUCCUAUACUGUAUAUAUAUAUAUAUAUAUAUAUAUAUAUAUAUCUAACACGUGGCCAUGGGAAACCAUGUGGCGUCAAUGACCUGCACCAGGUGAACCAUCAAAUCUGAUGUCUGUUGAAGUUGGGGGACUUGGACAACGUGUCUGGUAAUGUGAAUGUGGCUUCGACGUCUGACAUCUGGCUCGCAUUUUAUAGAAAAGAAAAGGAAAAAGAAAAAAAGUAUUUUGCACAGCACCUUGUUACAGCAGCACCUGCACUCUUGUAAUUGUGUUUGGAUCGCAUAUUCGGCCUUAAAGUCAGUCACAGGUGUAUACGACUAUUGUACAUUGUUGUAAAUACGUGACCUGUUUUGGAUAUUUGAUGCUCCGCUAAUUUAACUUGCAUUGUAACAUUCCAAAAUGUGUCUUUUUUUUUUGAUAAAUACACUGUAAUUUAAUUUAACCGA